AUGGCCGCGCUGCGCUUCGGGGAGCCCCCGGCGGAGCCGCCCGCCUUCCCCUCAGGCAGGUGGGCGGGGGGCGGCGGGCCCGGCCCGGCCUCGCCCGCCCUCAGGGCGCUUCCCGCGGCGGAGCCGUCGGAGGGGGCGCCGGCGGCCUCGCAGCGUCGGAAGCGGACCAGCUUCACGGCGGCGCAGCUGGAGACGCUGGAGCUGGUUUUCCAGGACACCAUGUACCCCGACAUCUACCUGCGGGAGAAACUGGCCGACGCCACGCAGAUCCCCGAGUCCCGCAUCCAGGUCUGGUUCCAGAACCGCCGAGCCAAGUCCCGCCGCCAGCGGGGCCCGGCCCGCCCCGGCCCCGCCGCGCCGCCGCCGGGCUGCCCGCGGCCGCCCCGCUUCGCCGCCCUGCGAGCCCCGGAGCGGCCCCGCUGCGCCCUCUCCGGGGUGGCUCGGACGGAGGACGGCUCCGCUCCCUACACGUGGCCGCCGGCCGCCGGCUUCUCCCCUGGCCCCGGCUUCGAGGGCUUCCCGCCCGGCCAGCCCGGCGGGGCCGAGCCCGCCCCGUUCGCGGGGAGCGCCGCCGGCCCCUUCCCGCCGGCCCGCGCCUUCUGCGGGCAGUACUCGCCCGUGUCGGACGCCGAGGACACCAGCGGCUACUCGGAGUCGGGCUCGGAGUGGGAGGAGAACGCGCUCGGCGCCUUCCGCGCCCUCUGAGCGCCGCCGCGGCGGGACGCGGCCCGGGCGGGCACAGGUUAAAUGCGCAGCCCUCCCGCCGGACCCCGUCCCGCACCGCGCUGCCCGGGCGGGGAGCAGUCACACACCGCGCUACCUCAC